CGAAGACUGGCUGGCUGGCCGCCCUCCUCCGUGGUUUCGCCUUCCCCCGCAAAGCCGCUAGAGUAUCUCCUGUGACUCAGUUUUGAUUUUCAAACCCAGCUCUUAGAAGAUCCUAAAGCUCUCCAGCCCUGUUCCCACAGCCCAUUUCCAGCUGCGCCUUACUACGGUCUAAACCCAUUUACCCCCGGGUCCGUCCUUGCUGCGUCGGGUGGAGGGCCGGGUGAGGUUCGUGCCCUGCUGUCGCGCCUCCCCUUCUCGCUCCACCCGACCAUGGCCCAGAAACAGAAGGUGGAGCCUCACGUCGGACGGCUCGGGUACCUGCAGGCGCUGGUCACCGAGUUCCAGGAGACUGAGAGCCAAGAUGCCAAGGAGCAAGUCCUCGCCAACCUUGCCAACUUCGCCUAUGACCCCAGCAACUACCAGUAUCUGCGGCAACUGCAAGUCCUGGAUUUAUUCCUCGAUUCGCUGUCGGAAGAGAAUGAGAGCCUGGUAGAAUUUGCUAUUGGGGGCCUCUGCAACCUGUGUGCCGACAGGGCCAACAAGGAGCACAUCCUGCAGGUGGGUGGCAUCCCACUCAUCACCAACUGCCUGUCCAGCCCCAAUGAAGAGACCGUGUUGUCAGCUGUCACCACGCUCAUGUACCUGAGCUCACCAGGUGCUGGCUCCCACCCCGAGCUCACCUCCUUGCCCGUGGUCCAGUGCAUGCUGCGCUUCUCUCUCUCAGCCAACACGAGGCUCCGGAACCUGGCCCAGAUCUUCCUGGAGGACUACUGCUCCCCGACCCAGGUGGCUGAAGCCCGCAGCUGGCAAGCCCACUCUGCCCUGGGUAUCCCCCUGCCAAGGACUGAGGCCCCCCAGCAGUCCUGAUCAUGGGGGCCCCAAGGUCUCAGCACCUUUAUUCUGCAGACCAAGUCCUGCUGGGGGCGCAGGAAGCAAGGAGCAGUCCACCCCAGUGCUGCCUGCCCAGCAUCUCCAAGGUGGUUCAGCAUGCCAGGUACCCUUGCUGGGAUGAAAAGGCACUAGGAGUGGGGAGGCCAGAUGUGGAGCUGGUGCCACCUUCAUGCUGCACCCCAAAAGGCCCACCUGCUGCCACCCUUUGGCACAUACCAGUAUAAUAAGCAGCUGUUUCCUGGUUUAGGAGAGUUGCCUGCACCUGAGUAAGAGGUUGCGCCCUGACAGCAGUAUCCAGAGUAAUUCUGAGAGACUCGGGUUCAAUCUCCAACACCACAAAAAUAAAUUAAAACCACCUUGAUUACACCUGUAAUUCCAGCAGUUUGGGAGGCUGAGG